UCAGUUGGUCGCAGCAGUUGGUUGGAGUCGGUCGCGUGUGUUGAUAGCAGCUCCGGCGGGCAAUUAAGUCGGACGGAAUCGAAUCGGGGCGAGCGCUUAUCGCGGCAAAAGAGUAAUUUGUGAUACCUGUCCGCCGUGUAUUGGCUUGUUGGAGCGCAACGCGCUUAAGUGGUGUUAAUUUUUUAUUAAUUAUUAUCGUAUUUAUUACCCAACGAAAGUGAAGUGCGAAAUCGGUCGCCUCAAGUGCCCGGCCGUACGUGCAAAGCCCGUAAAUAAAUUACACAGCCAUAUAGCCCUGAUCCUUACCUCUACACUCGCUCUCGCCCACCGCAGCUGAUAAUGCAGACGAAUUCCGCCUGAUCGAUUCCCAUUCCCAUUUCGAUUGCGAUUUGGAGUGCGAGUGCGGGCGAAAUAGGCAGCCAGCCUCUGAUUCUGAGUAGCUGCCACCGAAAAUGAGCCCGCCACAUUGAUCAUCUGAUCUCCCAUCCACCCAAUCCAAUCUGAACUGAACUGAACUGGCGCCAUCAUGGACUCCUACUUCGACUCGGCCAUCGAGUACAAUCGAUCCAACCCCAUCAGCCUGGCCAGGACCAGCAGCCAGGCCCAAACCGUGCAGAACGAGAAGAACUGGGAGUGGUCGUACCUUGUGAGAAAAUGUCGCAACCUGGAGCUGGAGGACUCGUACGACCUAUACAUGCGUCGCCUGCGCGUCGGCUACCUGUCGCUGUUCAUCUUCAUCCACGUGGCGGUGACGGUGAUCCACACGCUGCUGCUGCUGACCACGCCGGAGAUCAAGUACGUGUACGUGGACAUGGUGGCCUACAUGUGCUCCGGCCUGGUCAUCUGGGUGGUGCUGGGCGUGAACUUUCGCAGCGAGCUGGUGAGCAAGCACGGCUGGGUGGUCUACGCCACCUCCUGGCUGGCGGUGUGUGUAAUGGUCCUGAUGGACAUCGGACUGAAUGUUUACCACGCCACCAGCCACAACGACAUCCUGAAUCCGAUCUACGAUGCGUAUACGCUGUACGCCAUAUACAUGUUCAUGCCGGUGCCGUACCUGCUGCAGCCGUUUGUCCUUGGAUCGGCAGUCACCUUUUGCUACAUAAUAAACUACAGCUUCGUGAUCACCGCCAAGGAUGACAACCAAAUGCACAGCAUCCUGAACGAGGCCAUAUACCUGAGCUGUGUCAACCUACUGGGCAUUUUCUUUCGCCUGAUGAGGGAUAUAGCGCUACGCACCACCUUCCUCGAUCGCCGGCAGUAUGUGGAGGAGAAUCUCCUGUUGCGCUAUGCCAGGGAUCAGGAGCGGAGUCUCUUGCUUAGCAUCCUGCCUGCCCAGAUCGCCGAUCGGCUGCAGGAGGAUGUGAAGAACCGCAUCGAGCGAUCCAAGCAGCAGCACCAGCAGCAGUCGCAGGUGGAUCUGCGCAGGAGUGCGGAUAGCCAGACCCUUAAAAGGUGGCGACAACCGGACCAUGGCACCCUCUUCAUUGAGCCCCACGAAGAUGUCACCGUCCUCUACGCGGAUGUGGUCAACUACACCCACUUGACCACCACCCUGGAUGUGAAGAAGCUAGUGGAGGCUCUGCACGAUCUCUUCGUGCGUUUCGACAUUGCCAGCGAGGAGUACAACGUGCUGAGGAUCAAGUUCCUGGGCGAUUGCUACUACUGCGUGGCUGGGCUGGCCAAUCCCAAUGCGGAUCACGCCAAGUGCUGCGUGGAUCUGGGACUGCGUAUGAUCAAGGACAUUCGAGAUGUCAGAGAGAAGCGCCAUCUGAAUAUCGACAUGCGAAUCGGCGUCCACUCGGGCGAUGUCCUAUCCGGCGUAAUUGGAGCCGCCAAGUGGCAGUUUGACAUAUGGUCGAAGGACGUGGAUAUUGCCAAUCGCCUGGAGGCCACUGGAGCCACAGGACGAGUGCAUGUGAGCCAGAAGACCCUAUCCCUGCUGGAUGGCGAGUACUUCUUCGAGGACGGCACCGAAAAGGCUCGAGAGGAUCCGGUGCUGCAGAAGCACGGCAUUCGCACCUUCCUUAUCAAGUCACUGCGCUUGUAGGCCCCCAUGCAUGACCCGCGUCGCAGGAUGAGGGAGCGGCAGGUGAAGAAGCUGAGCGAGGCCAGCAAGGCCAACUUUAUGCACAACUCCACGCUCCACCAGUACAACCAGGUGCGCAACCAGGCCAAGCUGGAGAUGUGUCGCGAGCUGGACAAGAUGCCCAUCGGCAGGAUACAGCUCACCAAAGUCUUCCGGCGAAGCACUCGGCUCACCCAGGACGAAAUCGAAGAAGAGACCUUUCGACGCAACAUCAGCUCCUGCUGUCUGUUCUUUCGCAUCCGCAACUGGGAGUUCCAGUAUAUCAAGGAGCCGGAUGUGAUGCUCAAGUACAGCAUUGCUUUGGCUUGGGUCAUUUACAUGGGUCUGCUGACCAUCCAGCUGCUGAGCAAGGAUGCUCGCUAUCACUACUGGUACAUAGAUGGCACCACGAUUAUCCUGCUCACCAUGCUGCUGAUCGUGUCCUGGUACAAGAAGCUCUGGAUCAUGUACAUGUCCGAUGCGGAUGUGUCCUCGCCGAACGGCCGGCUCAGUGGCUUCCUCUUCCGCAUGUCGGAUGAGAUGCAGCGCAAUGUGGUCAUCCGGGUGGUGAUGUACUUCCUGAUCAUCUUCUCCUAUUGCGCGGUGGCCAUUAUGCAAGUGGUGGGAUGCAGCAGUGACGAGGACUACGCGGAUCUGGAUCCGACCUACGACGAGCGGGUUCAGUGCUUUCAUCCUUGGAUACUCACCAAUUGCAUGACCCUGGUAAUUGGCAUGUCCUUCCUCUUCACGCGAAUCCCCUUCAUCAUCAAGUCCUGCUUCUCUGCUUUGAUAAUGAUCGGCUACGCGGUGCUGGUGGUGUCCGAGUUCAACUUCAUCUACGCCAACAGCCCCUCCACCAAUGUGAACUUCAACGCCAAGUACUCGCAUAUCCUGCUGAUGAUCAUAACGUUCGGCAUUUUUCACUUGAUGGAGCGGCAGACGGAGUUCAUUGCCAAAGUGGAUUACAACUGGAAACGGCAGCUAAUUAAGAAGCAGGAGGACGCCCUGAUCACCAAUGACACCAUUAAAGUGCUCCUCACCAAUAUUCUGCCCACACAUGUUGCCGACUUCUAUCUGUCGAAUCAACUGCAGAACGAGCUCUACUACGAGGAGUACGAUAAUGUGGCCGUGAUGUUCGCCUCGAUCAAAAACUUCGACACCGACAAGAUCGGACUGCGGGUGCUCAAUGAGAUUAUCUGCGACUUUGACGAUGUGUUGAACAAGUACUCGCAGAGUCUGCGCGUGGAGAAGAUCAAGGUGGCCAACUGGACGUACAUGGCGGCCUGUGGCCUAGACGUCUCUCGUUCGGAGCAGGUGAACGCCCCGCAGAUGAAGUUCCGCAACGUUUCCCUCAUGCCCAACGGGCGCAGGAGUCGCUACGACGGAGCACGAAGCUCCAAUGCGGACGGAGUGCAGCGGGUGCCGUACGGAAACGGCAGCAACAUAGCCCUGGAUCUCGACUUGGAGCGGGGUCAGUACGAGGGCAACGUGAUCACCAGCGGGCCGCGCAUCAGUAGCACCCACAACGGGAGCAGCAGCAACGAGGUGGUGCGCGUGAUGGCCGAGUUCGCCCUGGACCUGAUGCGCACGAUGCGCCGCUUCAACACGGAGAACAUGCAGACGGAGUACGAGGGCAGCACCGACUACGGCAUGCUGAGGAUCGGCAUCUCGCACGGCAGGGCCAUGGCCGGGGUGGUGGGCAUCUCGAAGCCCCACUAUGACAUCUGGGGCAAUCCCGUGAACAUGGCCUCGCGCAUGGACUCCACCGGCGUGCCCGGCCAGAUUCAGGUCACCGAGAACACGGCGCUUAAGCUGCGCGAGUUUAACAUUCAGUGCAACUACCGCGGCAUGACCUUCGUCAAGGGGCGUGGCAACAUUCCCACCUACAUCAUCGGCAUCGACAGCGAAUACCAGUUCCUGCCACAUCGCCCGGCCGCGCCAACCAAAGAAGACUAGCUGAAAUUUACCAGAGAUUAGAUUUAGGACAUGCAUGUAUGUAAAUAUAGAGUAUAAUAGGUUUAGGACAGUCGCAAAUAAAAGCUGUAAUUCGAAC